CCACAGGGAGUGGAAGGCGGGAGUUCAGCUCGUCCGGCGAAUCACGGGGCGAGCAGAGCGUUUGAUUGACAGGCGUUUAACUGUUGACGUCCUGAAGUUCACACGCGUCUGAGGACAAGUGGACGACGUGGGAAAUACAAGGCGCCGUUUUCUACAGACAUUACGCUGAGCCAUGACGCUGCAGACCUUCUCCUUCCCUCUUCCUGAAACUCGGUUCUUCAGAGCUGAUGGGUCCAUCUACAAGUUUAAGAUCCGAGGAGGCAGCAGCUUCAGUGGAGAGGAGGAGAUGGGAGGAAACUGCUUCAAUCAGGAGCUGGAGGACAUCAUCAGAACUGUUCUCGGCAACCUGGACAAUCUCCAGCCUUUCUCCAGCACCCACUUCAGUAUCUUCCCUUAUAAGAAGCGGUGGGAGGGAUUAUCUAAGGUGAUGUGCAAACAUGAUGAGAAGAACCUGAGAGCCUAUCCUUUCAUUCUCAUCCUCUACCUGGAGAAAAAAACGCAGAAUGGAAAACACAGAGAGAACAGGCUGAGUCCAGAGAGCGAGAGAGAGCAUCACUCCUCUGUUUCUAAGCCCCAGUCAAAGCGCAGGAAGACGGACUCACCACUAGAGGAGGCCAUACUACAGGUCUUAGUCAAGGAGCUGGAGGCUGAGAGCAAGAUUUCCGUGGUGGGCAUGCUGCAUGUGGACAAUCCACAGGAAGAGGGAGCGGUCAAAGAGGAUCCAGGACAUGUCAAGCUGAAAUCAGGCGUCAACAUGAUGAGUGAGAGUCCAAGUGAAGGGCAGCCGGGGACAAUACAGGACAUGGAAUCAGAAGAGGAAGAUAAGGCAGCUUCAGAGAGGUCAGGGUUUCUGACUCGACUGGCCAGCCAAAUCUUCCCUUUCUCAUUGUUCUUCAGGGACAAGUGAGAGACAGGAAGGUCAAAGUAGUUCGAGUAGUGGAGCCUCACUGGUGUUAGUUUGGUUAAACUUGUUUUGAUUUCUUCAUGAACUUAAAUUUAUAGAUUUGUUGGUUUUCUUCAACCUCAAUAGAUUCCUGUUUACAUUUGUAUGUAUCAGUCUAGUGUUUGUAAC